ACAAGUCUGAAGACCCAAAUGUUGGUUGGUGUCACCUUGAUUUUCGGUUACAUUUGAAUCCUUACAACCUUUUUCCUCUCCUAAGCACAAUCACAGACACAAUUAACCUCUUUUAUAAGGGUUGUUCCUGCUGCAAAAUUUUCCACAUUUGGAAGUGCAAUAUUACUAUGCAUUCUUGGGCAUCUUCUUCACUGAGAAAAACCGAAGCACAGAUCAGAGUUCUUGCAGCCAAGAGUUUGGGUUGUCGUCGUUCUCUUUCCACCGAAUCAAAGGUGGAAUCAUCAACAAGAUUCGAUGGGAACGAAUCGCCGUUUCUGAGAUAUGGGGUGGUGGUUGCGGCUGCUGCCUCCGGCUUAGGCUUUUAUUGUUGCUCUUCGCUCAACGGUGGAGGAUCGUCCGUGUCGUAUGCUGAUUCUGGAGCACGGCCUGAGAAGAAGAAGACGUUCUUGUUUACGGAUACAUACAGGAGAAAAGUUUUCUUCAAGUAUGAGAAACGGAUUAGAACACGAAGCCCUCCCGAAAAGGUGUUCGAGUACUUUGCAUCGUUCAAAUCUCCUUCCGGGGAAGUGUACAUGACAGCAUCAGACCUGAUGAGAGCAGUGGUUCCCGUGUUUCCUCCCUCUGAAGCAGACGUUGUUAGAGGCGGAUACCUGAAAGGCGAACUCAUCAGCAGCAAGCUGCAUUGUCCUCCUCCUGAAUUCUUUAUGCUGUUUGACACCAACAACGACGGCCUUAUAUCAUUUCCAGAGUUAGUACUAUCACAUUACAUUCAUCACAUAAAGCCAACUUUCUGUGAUUUUUUGAACUUUCUUUGCUGUAGGUACAUCUUCUUUGUUACAAUAUUGAGCAUACCAGAAUCGAGCUUUUCUGUUGCAUUCAAAAUGUUUGACCUUGACAAUGACGGAAGUAUAGACAAGAUAGAAUUCAAAAAGGUUAUGACACUUAUGCGUAGCCGAAACAGACAAGGAGCUUCACACAGAGAUGGAAUGAGGUUAGGGAUGAAAGUUUCAGGUUCUGUGGAGGAAGGGGGUCUCGUCGAGCGCUUCUUCGGGAAAGAUGGGACUCGGCGCCUUGAACACGACAAAUUCGUAGAGUUCUUGAGAGACUUGCAAAAUGAGAUGCUGCGGUUGGAGUUCGCACAUUAUGAUUUCAAGUCACAAGGGACCAUCUCUGCCAAAGAUUUUGUGCUAUCAAUGAUAGCAUCUGCUGACAUGAGAUACAUAGACAAGUUUCUUGAUCAAGCCGAAGAGCUGGGAAAUGAUCCCUCCCUCAGUCACCUGUGCAUUACAUUUGAAGAAUUCGAGAAUUUUGCAAUGCUUCGGAAAAGAUUGAAGCAAUUCUCCUUAGCCCUAUUCAGUUAUGGCAAGGUGAACGGCCUGCUGUCAAAGCAGGAUUUCAAAAGAGCUGCUCGUCAAGUUUGUGGCAUCUCCCUCUCUGAUAAGGUGGUUGAUCUGGUGUUCUACGCAUUUGAUCUGAACCGGGAUGGUAGCUUAAGCUCAGACGAGUUCCUGAGUGUUCUGGAGAGACGAGAAGCAGACAUCUCUCAGCCGCAGGAGGCGGGCCUUGCAGGUCUGAUAUCUUGCUGGUUAGACUGCACAAGAAACUGUUCUUCAAAGAAGUUGCUCUGAUCAAGCAGUGAAAACCGUAUAUUGUACAGAAACAGGGAUGAUUACUAUUGAAUUGCAAACACCCUUUUUUCAAUAUAGAUAAUUGCAUGUAUCAAUUGCCAUCUUUUUAUGUGGUGUUGAACUAUAUUUGCAGGAAUGUAGUCUACUUUGUAAGACAGUUCAGUGAAGAUGUAUAGACUUGAGAUAUAUAAACUUCCAACUAUUAGUUUAUAUGAUUCAUGCCUUUAUAUUUAGCAUAACACCACAACCUAUCAUAGUCAAUAAACUGCCAAUAGAUGCUGCAUUAUACCAGGUAAAUACAAUGAGCAUUAAUACAUGUAACUCUGUUGUAUAUAUAUUUGAUUUUAUAUCAACUGUUCAAAAACUAUUUAUUGUCAGCAGCAUCAACUCACAACCAAGUGAUUUCAGAGACCCGCGGAUACUAUUUGAGGUGUUACUUCAAGGAAUAUUAGUUGUUUUUACUAUCAAAACUGUAGGCAAAAAUUGAUUGUCACAACAAGCGUCCAGUGUGCUAGGGCAGCAUAAAACAAAAUUUUCAAUGUUCGAUAUAAAUGACUAAGUUCUGUUUGAAGCAGAGCGGGAUUCUUAAUCUAGGUAGAAGGAUUGGUCUUUUUGGCAACCAGCUCACAUGUACUAAAUACAAGAAUCUGGAGAACAUGUACUAAAUACAAGAAUCUGGAGACCUGCGAUUCAUGGGGAAAGUACUGACCCGGAUAGGGUACCAAGAGCAUUCUCAAACUAAGAAAACAAGAUAAAUGACUUCUCUAAAAAUCAGUAUAUCGGAAGAAAGUGUACUCAAUGUAUUGAUCUCUCAAGCAAUUAAAAGAAUUGAUUGACAACUUAUAGUAUUGGCAAAUAGAUACAGAGGACUUCUGUUUGUGGGAAUCUAUGGCACCAAUGACUAAAUAGACAUUAAAUUUGAACAAUGGAUCUCAAAACUUACUAACAAGGACAUAGUUAUAUCGUAUGGAAUUAGGUAUCUAACUAUCUAUAAACAAGCUCGUCAGUAGUCAUUGCUUGUCCCAUCAUAUUUCUCGAGUUCACAGAACAUAAUUUCAGUGUAGCACAGACUCAUAGCUUCUGCAGAGCAUCCAUAAAUAAGUUUUGAUCUGCUCAAGUGAUACUUAUGAGAAUGCAUCCAUUUUAAAUUUUUAAAUAGCUGGUAUUAUUUCCUAAUACUAGUUUAGCUAGAAAUUCAUAUAACCAGAGUAGAAUGCACAUGAAGUAAUGGAGGACCAGUACUCAUGUGCACUGGAUAUCGUAUACCACUCUUAACCAUGUUACCACAUCCAAACCUAAUGGCAUCUGAUUAAUAUCUCCAAGUGCUCCUUCCUACCCUACAGACGGUACCAGACACCCACCUGACCUCUUCAGAAACUAAAAACGGAACAGAAUCUGUCAUCGGUGCUAGAUAUGUAGUAUCUCUUACAUUUCCUUCCUUUCUUAUGCAAAACACAGAGCACUUUUUAACCACAUUUUCAGAUAUCUAAUUGGCGAAAUGAAACUACUGUAAAAGAAAGUACAGGAUACAAAAAACAACGCCAGAAAUGCAUUUCAAAAUUUAGAGCAGUUGAACAACAAGCUUUCCUAUCUUAAACAAGCACUACAAGAUUUUACUAUC